AUGUGUUCCUAUCAUGUGAAGCUCAUUUAUGUCAUCAAAAACUUGGAUGGGGGUUAUAAGGACACAGAGGUGAAAGUAGACAGUGCCACUGACUGUGCUGAGUCAUGUGUUCUUCAAGAAAGAAAAGAUGGUUUUGAUUUGUUAGAUUGUCAAGAGAAUGCCUUGUUUGACUCUGCAAAACUUCUAUUCUGUGACAGUAAAGAAGUGGUACAUGCCACGGAGGGACUGGACUGGGAAGACAAAGAUGCUCCAGGAACAUUGGUCGGGAAUGUAGUGCACUCAAGGAUCAUCAGUCCUCUGCGCCUGUUUGUUAAACAGUCUCCAGUGCCCAAGCCCGGUCCCAUGGCUUAUGCAGACAGCAUGGAAAACUUUUGGGAUUGGCUGGCCAAUAUCACGGGGGGGGGGGAGCCACUGGCAAGAACUAAACGGAGGCCAAUAGUGAAAACAGGAAAAUUUAAGAAAAUGUUUGGAUGGGGUGACUUUCAUUCCAACAUUAAAACUGUUAAACUCAACCUCCUCAUCACUGGGAAAAUUGUCGACCAUGGAAAUGGAACCUUCAGUGUUUAUUUCCGACAUAAUUCUACAGGCCUGGGCAAUGUUUCAGUGAGCUUGGUACCCCCCUCCAAAGUGGUGGAAUUUGAGGUUUCCCCUCAGUCUACCUUGGAGACCAAGGAAUCCAAAUCUUUCAAUUGUCGCAUUGAGUAUGAAAAAACAGAUCGGGCGAAGAAGACCGCCCUGUGCAACUUUGACCCGUCUAAGAUCUGCUACCAGGAGCAGACUCAGAGCCAUGUGUCUUGGUUGUGCUCCAAGCCCUUCAAGGUCAUUUGCAUUUACAUUGCCUUUUACAGUGUUGAUUACAAACUUGUGCAAAAGGUCUGUCCUGACUACAAUUACCAUAGUGAGACUCCAUACUUAUCUUCUGGCUAAUCUUUUCACAGUGAUGAACUGAAAGGCAUAUAGAUGUUUAAUUAGAAAGACCAAGAGACAAGCCCAGCUCUUCAUGGUAAAGGAUCCCUUUUGUUUCCAGCCUUGAACCAUAUAGUUCCCUAUCAGGUUUUCAAAUUAAAAGAAAGGAAAAUCUUCAACUGUGAAAUGUGUUUGUUAACUUCAUAGGAACCUUUAUCUAAAGAAUCAGACUCUUAUGAAACCAUCACUUUCAUGUAAGAUCACUCAGUUCUAGAAUAUUGUUUUUCGGAAAGAGGCAUCAAUGGUACCCAUGCGUGACAAGAAGGAACCGAAUUAUGCAUGUGACAAACAUUGCUCUUGAAGUGAGCCUGCCUUUAAAAUAUGUUUUGGAGGGUCCCUUAAAAAUAGCAGAUUUAGUAAAGUAACUGAAAAGAUUGUAUAUGAUAGAUGAAUUGUGUUUCUGACAUUGAAUUCUUUUUAUUGUUGUCUCUUUUCCCCACAUCUGUGCCAUUGUUGAUAUGGAAGAUGAAAGGGUAACGUUUGUUUCAGAACUCGGGUGUGAAGACAGUGCCACAGUGGAACCAAGUAUUUUAUCAUCUAAGCUAGAGCUGAGUGGCAUGUGAUUUAAGCACUUUGCCCUGUGUUGGUCACCACCCUUAGGAUUUUCAUCUGAGUGGUAAUAUUGAUAUAUUAGAAAAGCAGAUCUGGGUAUAUGUCAGUUUAAUAAUGAGGAUCAUGAUGUGUUUGUACUCCUUUGCCGAUGUCAAUGCCAUGAGACUAUCAGAAAUGACAUGUGUA